CAAGUGGUUGAUGUCUGUUUGGGGAUAAUGUUCAUAAUACUUAUAUUUGCAGCUAUUGUGUGUGAAGUGUCAGCUGGUGUCUAUUUACAAGGUCACUCCAAAUAUGCUAGUCUCAAGAGCCGAUCCAUUGUCCUCGACUGUAGCAUUGUCGAGGAUUCGAACACGGGACCACGUCAAGUGAAUGUCCCUUUCAACUUGACAUGGACCUUUCUGCCAGUAGGUGGCAGCACAGAAAAAACAUUGGCGUCGUGGGUGCGUGAUGAUUCGGGUGACGUGCGGUUCUUUACAGACGAUGUUUUCAAGUACAGCGGAACUCAGCAUCUCCAUCUGAUGAUCAUGAACGUCUCCGCACACGAUGCCGGGACGUACACGUGCAGCAGCAACAUCACCGUGGCAACGAAGAGUUCUCAGCUUUUUGUUAUGGAACGUCCUACCUGUCACAACCGGAACCCGGAGGUGAGUUACAAGCAGACGAUAACUCUCGACUGUUUUGUGCACUUCGCGGGUAACGUGGUGCCGAAACUCGACUGGGAGCACGGUCGGGAGAUUCUCAACUCAACCAAGUCGAUGCACAACGAGACCAGUCUGUCCGCCCGGCUCACCCUUAUCGCAGGCAACGACAUGAACGGGCACAUCUACAACUGUCACGUCACCUACCCCGGUGUGCUGACGGCGCGAUGUCAGGUCCUGCCACCACUCAAGAUAAACAUUCCUGCUAGUAUCACAGCUGUGAUAGUGGAACCGGAUGUCAGGUUCAACGUGUUUGAGUCGGGAACCAACGUGAAGAUGUCGUGUGCUUCCCGUGGAUACCCUUCUCCUCUCUACUCUUGGUACUUUGUGCGCCGUGGUAAAACUCCUGUCCGCUUGUCCACUCAGUCUUUCUACACGAUUCGCAAUCUUCAGAGGAAGAGUGCGGGGACAUACCGCUGUGUCGUCUAUAAUGUCAUCGACAGAACAAGACACAGUGACAACAUGGAAGUGAACAUUACACUCAAAGAUGAGGAUUACAGUCGACCGGCAUACGUCAUAGAGAAAUCGGAAGACGGCAGUGGUGUUCUCAAAACAUCUUUGAUUCACUCUGUUAACAGAACUUCAAAACCUCGUUUUCGUUCCAUCUUCUCGCCAUACGCUAUCGGUGCUCUGAUAAGUGCAGGUCUUGCCAUUCUUCUCAUCAUCAUCUUUGUUGUCCUCGCCAUGAGAAUGAAGAAACGAGAACGCAAAUUGCGGAACAAAAUGACUCGAGCACAUGACGAAACUCUGGAUGAUCAGGAGGUGGAGCUGUUAGAUGAAAAUCUACAACAACCUGACUACAGACCAUCAGAAUACUCUCAGCUGCGUAUAAACUGGGAAAUCCCACGACAGGACAUCCGCCUGAUCGAGCAGAUUGGGAAGGGUUCGUACGUCGAGGUGUGGAAGGGACGAGUUCGAAUGGAGGCCACCACAAACAGCAUCGUCAGAGUGGCAGUCAGGAAACUCAUAGCUGACACAUCAGAAAAAGAGAGGCGUUUUUUUAUUUCUGAGUUGGAAGUUCUCAAAAUGUUACCUAGUCAUGGCAACAUCAUCCAGCUGAUUGCCAGCUACACGGUGAAUGACCCCUGGUUAAUAAUGGUUGAGUACGCUGGCCAGGGCUCACUACUGCAGUACCUACAGCGACACCGCCCUGGUCAGCAGGAAGUGAUAAUAGGUUCGAGUAGCGAGGGAGACAGCCAGGCGGUUCGACUCCGCAGUCAGGCGCUCACCUCUCACAAUCUGCUGGCUCUGUGUGCUCAGGUGGCCAGCGGACUCGAUCACCUGUACAAGUUCAAGCUCAUAUACUAUCGACUGAAAGCUGCUCACAUUCUCGUCGGGAAGGGCGGAGUCUGUAAACUGUCUGGGUUCGGCUUUCAGCAGCAGAUUGUGGAACGAAACCUGAACGAAUCGUCUUCGGCCCCAACUCGCUGGCUUGCUCCCGAGUGUUUUGAAGAACCCAACUACACUGUGCGAUCUGAUGUGUGGGCCUACGGUGUCGUCAUGUGGGAAAUACUGCACUUCGGACUGACUCCGUACCCAUCGAUGGGUCCACAAGAAGUGAAGGAGAAAGUCCAGUCGGGUUUCCGGAUGUCACAUCCAGAUCACUGCAGUGCUGCUUUGUAUAACACAAUGUAUGCGUGUUGGCAUAGCAACCCGGAGGACCGGCCAACGUACACAGAGUUGCUACAAGCGCUUGGAGAGCUGGUUUCUGAUCAUCAAUCUCACAUCGUCCUCGACCAGCUUCCCGAAUAUCUCAACUCAUCGGAGGAAGGCAAUGGCUGUAUUUCAUGAAAACAUAAUAUUCAUUUAUACAACAAGGCAGUGAAAAUGUAAUACUGUCUUUUAGAAGAAGACAUUGACUGUAUGUUGUGAAAAUGUUGGCCCCAAAACGCACUGAAUUUGGGUCUGGUUCUGGCGAGUUUGGUAAAGACGCCAUGUUUGGUGUAUUUUGAUGUCUGCAUCUGUAUCUGUUUCUGACCGGCCUCGGUGGCGUCGUGGUUAGGCUGGUAGGUACUGGGUUCAGAUCCCAGUCGAGGCAUGGAUCCAGAUACUGACUCCAAACCCUGAGU